AUGCCUGGGAGGAAUUCCACGGAAGUGACGGAAUUCCUCUUGACGGCGUUUGCUGACCACCCCCACUGGGGGCUCCCGCUCUUCGCGGUCUUUCUGGGUUUCUACCUGCUCACUCUGCUGGGGAACUGUGCAAUGAUCCUCCUGAUCCGCCGGGACCGCCGGCUGCACACCCCCAUGUACUUCUUCCUGGGCCACCUCGCCCUCGUGGACGUCUGCUACUCGUCCACCGUCGUCCCCCAGGUGCUGGCGGUCCUGCUGGAAGGCGGCGUCGUCCUCUCCAGGGCGCGCUGCGCCGCCCAGUUCCUCCUCUUCACCUUCUUCGCGUCCAUGGACUGCUACCUCCUGGCGAUCAUGGCCUACGACCGCUGCGUGGCCGUGUGCCGCCCCCUGCUCUAUGUCGCCAUCGUGACCGAGAAGGCCCGCUGGGUUUUGGUCGCGGGGGCGUACGCGGCGGGCUUCUCCAGCGCCUUGAUUCGAACGGUCACCGCCUUCACGCUCUCCUUCUGCGGGAACAACCAGAUCGACUUUAUUUUCUGUGACCUCCCGCCUCUGCUGAAGCUCUCCUGUGGGGACAGCUACACCCAGGAGGUGGUGAUCAUUGUGUUUGCCGUGCUGGUCAUGCCCGCUUGUAUACUGAUCAUCUCGGUCUCCUACGUGCGCAUCGUCCUGGCCGUCGCGCGGAUGCGCUCCUCCGGGGGCCGGGCCAAGACCUUCUCUACCUGCGCCUCCCACCUCGCUGCCGUGGCUCUCUUCUUUGGGACCCUCAUCUUCAUGUACCUGCGGGACAACUCGGGCCAGUCCUCAGAGGCGGACCAGGCGGUGUCCGUGCUCUACACGGCGGUGUCCGUGCUCUACACGGUGGUGAGCCCGAUGCUGAACCCGCUCAUCUACAGCCUGCGGAACAAGGAGGUCAAGGACGCAGUCUUGAAAUCCUUGAGCCGACUGAAGGUUUCUGGAAGGUUCUAGACGGACCUUCAUCAGAUAUGUCACUCCUUAGUUGCUCCACCUUUUCUGUCUUUCCUCAAGUGUCACCUACUUGGGAAGAUUUCCCCAGAUAACCUUAUUAAAAUGGCACCUAACAUUCCAUCUCCAAUUUCUGAUUUACUGACAUGUAAUACUUGCCAGGGCUUUCCCGGUGGCUCAGUGGUAGAAAAUGUCUGCCUGUGACCCAGGAGGUCACAGGAGGUGGUGCAGGAGGUGCUGGCUCAACCCCUGGGUCAGGGAG